GUAUCCGGAAAUUAACAAUCCCGUGAUGUCAGGGGCAGUGCUAGCAUAGCAUCGAAGUAACCGGAGUGCCUUUCUCGAUUUAGUCUUAAAAGUUAUUCCCCGGUUACUGUCAGUUAACAUUUCGGCUCCGUUGUCGUCUACCGACAUGGGUUUAACCGGGUGGAAGGCUGUCGGCGGCUGUAUCCCUCCGCUCGGACGUUAACGGGAUGAAGGCUCCGUACAGGACCUAACGGGAUGCCGCUCGGUUAGCCUCUCUGGAGCCCGAGGUCAGACUUAUGUGCCACACAAGCUAGCAGGCUAGUUAAUAACGCUGUGGCAAAGUAAUUUACAAACUGUUCAGUGGAGAGAAAAAAAUGGCGCAGUUUGUGUUGGAGCAACUGUCAGAUUUCAGGGACUACACUGGCAGUCAGGAGCUGACCGAAUUAAUCAACCCGAAUAACAGCAAACUGUCAAAUGUCCGCCUGAGCCCAGAUGGUCGUCACAUCCAUGUCAUCCUCCGCAAACCUCAGGUCGGUCUUGUGACUUUUGACAAGUAUGAAAGACCACCGCUGGCUCAGAACCAGGAGAAGCAGGAUUUGUGGCUGACACGAACUGUGCCCAUUGUGGAUGUCUUAUAUUUGGACCAUCACAACAGUAAAGACACAGCUGUAGUAGCGGUGGUUUAUGAGAAUGGAAAAGCUGAGUUCUGGAAAUUCCGGGAGUUUAAGUCUGGCUGGCAUCUCUUGCAGACAUCAGAUUUGUGCAACAGCCCCCGGGCCAGAGUGGUGUCUGUGUGUGUUUGCUCCAAUCUUAUCAUCUGGUGUGAGGAGCGGCCGCCCUCAGAAAGCUCCCCUGCUCUCAGCUCCACAAGGAACAAGUUAAGAUACUGUGUUUGCAGACGGGACUUUGACGUGGAGGAGGGGGCUGUCAGCUUGGGAGGGGUGAAAAUCGCCCUCCACAAUAAUCCCAAAUUCACUGUGACCAGCUCAGGUGAAUAUGUUCAUCUUCUUCCUGACUUGAAAGUGAAACCGCUGCUGAGCAUCUCCAAUUUUUUCCUCGCCUGGUCCCCCCACCAUGACUCCUUCACAGUCAGCACCACGUGUAAGAACAUUCCUCUGAAAAAACUUUCAGCUAAAGAGUCUGACUUUAAGAAGCUGGUGACUGAUUGUUUGGGAUAUUUAUCAGCUCUGGAGCCGCCUGAGAUCUACAACUUCUCUCCUACAGCAUGUGGAGACCUGCUUCUGCUGCUCAGCACAGGAUGGCUGUGUCUCCUGCAGAAAGAUGGGAUGCUGCGCAAGGUAUACAAACUGGCAGACAACUGUUUGGUACAACACAAUACUCACACCAGCCUAUGUAUAUACCAGGAUACUGUGGCACUACUGAUCGGGCAAAAUCUGUAUCUGAUAGACUUGAACUGUGGCAGAGAGCUGGAAAAGAUUGUCCUGAAGAGGGAGGGGUCAUUAUAUGUAAACCAGGCUGAAAGACGGACACCUCACCUGCUCUCAGAAACUGGACUUUUUGUGGUUGUGAACAGGGAGACAGACUCCAGAGACUGCCACUCUAAAAUGAAGCCCUCUGGUUUCAGUACAGAGGAGGCUAUUCAUCCUGGAGCCCUCCUGGUGGAGGCUGUCUUUGAAGAGGCCUGUAAAUACUACCAGCAGAGGAGCCUGAGCAGCGCCCAGCUCACAGUGGACAUACUGAAAAAAGGAGGCAGAUUCCAAGCUCCCAUCUCUUUAGCCUCCAUCCUCAGGAACUAUCUCAACACGGGGUGGAGGCAGAAGGGAGCAGAGCUGUCCCAGAAUGGAGGAGGUGGAUAUGUGGCAGGACAAGAUAAGCUAAUGGGCUCUCUGGAGGCGGAGCUCAAGGCUUUGGUCUCUCUGGAAGAGCUAAAGGGGAGUUUAGUGAGGGGAGGUGUUAAAGAGGUGGAGGCAGUGUGUGAGAGUCUAGUUGAGAAAGAAGUACUGAGGCUGCUGUCAUCUUCUGAGCUGGAUAAAGAGGCUCUGCUCUACCUCAACUCCAUCUUCAGCAUCUUCCCCUGCCAGGCGUGGAGGGCCGCACAGGCUGCUCUACAGCUACACUACAACGGGGAGGGCUGUCUGUCCAGCAGGGCUCCACCAGAUGUGUGGAAAACUGUCCUCAGUCCUGCUCUGAGUUCCAGCUCCAUAGCCUCCCUCUCAUUCACAAACGGUGGGACAAAACACAAUCACAGCCUUAAAGAUGAUCGCCUUGCCAACUGUAAAGCCAAACUUACAAGCUCCACUACCCCAGCUGUCCUGCCUGUAUUUGAGCUCCUCUGCCAGUCAGUUGUUCACUUCCAGCCCAGCUGGCUGCCCAGGUUCCUCGAGCUCACCCAGCAGCAGCAGGGUUCUGCAGGUUUGGGCCUGAGCCUUGCCUCUUCCUCCUGGAGCUUUUCCAGCGGGAGAGGAGGGGAGGGAGGGGAGAACAACGUGCCGCUUUACAAACGAGCACUGUGCAUCUUGUCCAGCCUAAACCCAGACAGAGACCAGCAUCAGGACUUAGAGGUGGAGCUGCUGCUGGUCAGUGGGCGGCCCAACGCCAUCCUGCAGGCACUGAGGAUCCUCAUGGGCAGGCAGCAGUGGGAGCGGGUCACCCAGGUGGCCCAGAAAUUCUGCAAACAGAGUCCGCUGCUCAACAAAGAAAUUUUCACUAUUCUGCUGUGCGAGGUGGCCCAUCACAGGGACCUGGAUCCCUACCUGGACCUGUUGUGGACUCUCUGCCCUGAGGACUUCACCGUCACCACCAUCCUCAACUUGGUGCUAAAAAACCUCCCCUCUCCCAGCGCUUCCUCUCAUUCCACUUCUUUCUCCAUGUCCGGUACAAACUCCCCAUCUCCUGCUCCUUUUGCAGACUCCCACAGCAGCCAGCUGACCAUUGGGCUGUUGAAGCCCCUGCUGAGAAAAGUGCUCCAGAGGGAGACCAAGCCGAGCCAGCGCUACGUCGACAUCCUCCAGUCACCAUCAUUCCCCCCUGCAGCUCCUCCUCGCCAGCCUACUGUGCAGGCCAGCACUGUCACAGAUCCCACUACGGACUCAGCGCUGUGCAACAACAUUGCCCCGACUCUUCUUGCAGAAUCACCUGAACAACGGAGAACAAAACCUGUCUCGUGAAGCAUUCCACACAUAAUCGAAACCAAAGUGUGAAUCAGUGUUGACGAUCAUAUCAAAACAGAAUAUCAGUAUGUUACAAAUAAUACAAGUAUAAUGCGACUAAUUGUCACAUUUGAUGGUGUUUUUAAACAGGUUGCUAAUGUGACUUGGAAUAUGACUACUAGUUCCUAUGAAAUGACUUCUGAAGAUUCUACCAGUGUAAAUACUUGAGUUAAUUUUAAGUCUUAAUGUGUAUAUACUUUAUCUGCAUUGUUAUUUAUCUCUUAGGCCUUAACUGCACAUGGAUGAGAAUGUUCUUGCAUUUAGUAACCUAUAUCAAAAUACCAUCAAAACAUAAUAUGUUUCUGAGUUAACACAACUGCUCAGGUGAAGAAAAAGCCACAGACUCUUAUUCUUGUGUAUUAGCAUGAUGAUUUGGGGGGAAAAAAAAGAAGAAAAAAGUUUCUGCCUUUAAAAUGCUAAUUGUUGACAAGUAUAGCUUCCUUUCACUCACUGAAGUGUGUUCAUGCGGCAGGUAAUCAGCUGUGUAAUUUCAGACAAGUUGGCUUUUGUGAGUAAACGUUUGUUUAAGUGAGGCAUGAUUUGGAAGGGGAAGAAGGGGAGGCGAAGGGGGAGGUCAAGGUUCCUUUACUGACUUUUAGUUUUGUAAUUAGUUUAUUAAACGAGCUCAAACAUUAACCAUGUUUUAAUUGGCUCAACUGGACUAUGUAACGUCUGUAAAGCAAACCCCAAACAGGAUGCCUGUUCAUCUUUUGCCUGUAUUUUUCCAUUCCUGUCAUCCAUUUUUCUCCUUAGACUCCAUGUUGUCCGCUCUGCUCCCUCACAGGACAUUCCAGACGGAAUGUCCACUAAAACUGACGCACAGUUCGAUGUUCAAUUCAAUUUCAGUGGUAACUCUGUUAAGAUUCGAGUGUGUGUGGGACGUAUUGUGACUAAUGCAGGCACCCUGCUGCUUGCAUAAGGUCACGUAUGUCCUCCUUUGUGGAUCCAGUGAGGGUAAUGUUAUUACAGAUGAUAGACCCUCUGUCUUCUUGCCCCUGCUAGUCAUGCUCUGAAACUGAUUGCACUUUUAUAUCUUACCAGUCAGCAUUGUUUGUACCCUGCUUUUGAUGCCUCUGUUGAAAUGAAUGUUCUCUGAUUAAGUGCUCUAAACAAGGGUAUGUUAAUGUGCCUAUUGUUGUUGCUGCCUUUACUACCCUUUGGGUGGUUCCAUUUAGCUGGUUUUAUUCAAAGAAAAUGUUUUUUUGCUUAUUUAUUUUCUAACAAUCUUUGAAAGACUACUAAAAGAUAACCCCAGACCCAUUGCAUUGUGAGUUCCUAGGGAAAUUCAGGCACCUCAUAAGUGUUCAGUGACAAUCAGACUCUAAAAUGCUGCAGAAUAAUCAGAGUGCCUUUCACAGUGCUGCUCUUCAUUUACAGGGUAGUGUCACAUUUCCCACUGCGUCUCCUCAGCUUCAGUUGUAUUCUGGAGAAAGAACAUGAGGUGGUGCAGAGGAUGUGUUUUCUGUAUUGUAGAGUACAGUGGAAUGUUUAAUGCAAUCCGCUCUUCUUGUGUGGAUCAGAUUUUCAAUCAUUGGCUGGUGUGACAUUUUAAUUUCAAUAUGAGGCCCUCUGAUUUCUCACUCAAGUGUAAAUCGUCUCUUUCCAAGAUCUGUGCUCUGGCUAACAACACAAGACACAAUCUGUGCAGCUGUGAGUUUCGCUUUGUGUUAGGCGUGUGCCAGCCAAUCCGAGAUUCACUGGGAACUCCCUAAUUUCCUCAUGCAAGUCACAAACAGCCUCAUAAUGACUGCUGGGAUGUUAAAUAUUAAUCUGCCUUAAACUCUGGCUCUGGUUGCUCUUAACAAAUAGGAAUUCCUCCUGGUUUUCCUUGAAGAAGCUUCAUAUCUACAAUGUAACUUUGUUUACUCCUGGUGAUGCUCACUUUUAGGCAGUAUAUUUUAAAAAAAAGAAGAAAAUGUAUAAGUAUUUAUGAACAGAUACUGUAUGCCAUUAAACUGAAGAUAAAAAAUGUUUGCUGUUGA